AUGCGCCCCUGUACCGCCUCCUCAUGCUGCUGCCAGGCCCGUAAUCUGCCAUGGGCCCCCGUACCGACUCCUCAUGCUGCUGCCAGGCCCGUAAUCUGCCAUGGGCCCCUGUACCGCCUCCUCAUGCUGCUGCCAGGUCCAGAGUGUGUCAUGGGUCCCUGUACGGCCUCCCAUUGCUGCUGUCUCUAUCGCCACACUCUGCCAUGUGCCACUUUCAGGUCUCCUCACACUGCUGGUGGUUUCCAUUUUUGUCAUAGGGUGCUGUAUGGCCUCCCAUUGCUGCUGCCUCCACCGCCACACUGUGGCUCCACACUCUGGUUUUGGCCCCGUGACUGCCCAAAUGAGUGAAGUGUGCGGUGAUUCUAAGAUCGACGGCACUCAUCUGCAUGUCAUACUGCCUGACAGUAUUAUUUCUCUUCCCCAGCAGACUCCAAGGGCAUUUAAAUUAAAGGUACAGUGUUCAGCACUAAUAUUA